AUGGAGCUGCUCAAGCUGAACCGCAGUAUACAGGGACCCGGAACUGGGCCGGGUUCCUCCCUGUGCCGCCCGGGUGUCCCCCUCCUCAACAGUAGCAGCACCGGCAACCUCAGCUGCGAGGCCCCUCGCAUCCGCGGAACCGGGACCAGAGAACUGGAACUGGCCAUCAGAGUCACCCUUUACGCGGUGAUCUUUUUCAUGAGUGUUGGGGGAAACGUGCUUAUCAUUGUGGUCCUGGGACUGAGCCGGCGCCUGAGAACUGUCACCAAUGCCUUCCUGCUCUCCCUGGCAGUCAGUGACCUCCUGCUGGCUGUGGCGUGUAUGCCCUUCACACUCCUGCCCAACCUCAUGGGCACAUUCAUCUUCGGCACAGUCAUCUGCAAGGCCGUUUCCUACCUCAUGGGGGUGUCAGUGAGUGUGUCCACGCUAAAUCUCGUGGCCAUUGCCCUGGAGCGAUACAGCGCCAUCUGUAGACCACUGCAAGCACGGGUGUGGCAGACCCGCUCCCACGCAGCGCGGGUGAUCUUAGCCACGUGGCUACUGUCUGGACUGCUUAUGGUACCUUAUCCUGUAUACACCGCAGUGCAGCCAGUGGGGCCUCGAGUGCUGCAGUGCGUGCAUCGCUGGCCCAGUGCGCGUGUCCGCCAGACCUGGUCAGUACUUCUGCUAAUGCUUUUGUUCUUCGUCCCGGGCGUGGUUAUGGCUGUGGCCUACGGGCUCAUCUCUCGCGAGCUUUACCUUGGCCUUCGCUUUGAUGGUGACGAUGGUGAGAUUCAAAGCCGGGUCCGAAACCAAGGAGCCCUGCCAGGUGGAGCAGCACCAGGGCCUGUUCAUCAGAACGGGGCUUGCCGGCCUGAAACUAGCGUGGCUGGGGAAGACAGUGAUGGCUGCUACGUGCAACUACCGCGUUCCCGACUGGAGAUGACUGCACUGACCACUCCGACUUCUGGGUCAGGACCUGGCCCUCGGCCCAACCAGGCCAAGCUGCUGGCUAAGAAACGGGUAGUGCGUAUGCUGCUGGUGAUUGUUGUGCUUUUCUUCCUGUGUUGGCUGCCAGUGUACAGCGCCAACACGUGGCGCGCCUUCGAUGGCCCAGGGGCACAUCGAGCCCUCUCAGGGGCCCCAAUCUCGUUCAUCCACUUGCUGAGCUACGCCUCUGCCUGUGUCAAUCCCCUGGUCUACUGUUUCAUGCACCGCCGCUUUCGUCAGGCCUGCCUGGAUACAUGUGCCCGCUGUUGCCCACGGCCUCCACGAGCUCGCCCCCGGCCUCUUCCAGAUGAGGAUCCUCCUACCCCGUCCAUCGCUUCACUGUCCAGGCUAAGCUAUACCACCAUCAGCACACUGGGACCUGGAUGAGGGACUGAGGGAAUGGAGGGUAAGACAGGACACACGAUCCCUAUAAACAGACCCAUCCAAACACAUAAGAAACAUACCAUGACUCAUCCAGGUGGACGCCCAACAGCAUGGAUAGGCCCCUACACACAGAAAGUGUUAUCUUUGCUGCCCCACCUGAAACAGACUGGAGUCUCAACAAGCAAGGAGGCACACUUCUCAUAGGGGACUGAGUCCCACCCUAGACACCUGGCACUGACCCCACUGGAUAGACAAUCACAAUGUCUAUAGCAGUGAAAUUU